AUGUCCCGUACAGUCCUGCGAGCGCUGUCGCCAUCCUACACAAAGACACGUGCCUUUACAUUCGUCUGGAACCACACUCAGCGGCGCAACAUGUCUGCUCCAUUUUUCCCGAAGCAAGCUGUCAAGUUCGACGGAGCGCUCGCGCAGGAGCUCCAGGGCAACGUGAGCGAAGAGAUUGCGCAAGAGCUCCUCAAGGUUGUACCGCCGAUCAAGUCGGGGUCCGUGAUCCACGACAACGGCUGCGGCUAUGGCUCCGUCACGGGUGAGAUCAUGAAGUCGGGCGUGCCUCUGGACAUCAAGAUCCACGCGACCGACAAGAGCGACAGCUACCUGGCCAAGCUGCGCGACACGCUGUCGCAGAACCCGACCUGGCCGGUCGAGGUGUCCAACGUCGACGCCAACAACCUGACAUUCCCCGACAAUUUCUUUGAUUUGUCCGUCACCGACUUCCUCCUUCUCGGCCUGGACGACGAGGUCGGUGCCGCCAAGCACAUCCUGCGCACCGUCAAGCCCGGCGGUACGGCCGCCAUUGCCGUCUGGAAGGAGAAGCCCUGGCAAGCUGCGCUGAAGGAGGCGCAUCGGCGGACGCGGGGUGACGACGACCCGAUUCCCCCAUUUCUCGCCGUGGUUGACUACGACACUGAACAUUUCAAGAACAUCCUAAAGCAGGCCGGUUACCAGAACACCCAGUUCGUGGAGAGGAGCGCCUGGCUUGAGAUGCCUGACCCUAAGAGAUGGGCAAGGAUUGCCUGGACCUUCCUGGCCACCCCGGCGGGAGGCUGGAGGCAGUCGGACGAGGACACGUGGGACCAGGCCAUCGAUAUAGCGGCUGAAGAGUUUCAGAAGGGGGAUUGGCACGUCUACGAGAAUGGUGUUCACAAGAUCCGCAUGGUUGCGACGAUUGCUGUUACGGAAAAGCAGUGA